CCAAAAUUCGGUAUUCGUCUGCUGGAAAUUGUGUCCUACGUAAACGUAGCAAUCGUCAAGAAAAUGAUGAAAGUAAUAUUUCCAGCUACAGCAGGUGAGGAAGUUCUGUGAUUGAACUACUUUGAUAGCAAUGGCAUCUGAGUGCGGCGGUACGAGUGAGGCGGAGAAAGAAGUAUUUGAAAAAAUUGCAAAUAAUGACGCAGACGGCUUAAAAAGCCUUCUAUUACAAUACAAAAUGAAACCUGACGUAUUUGAUGAAAAUGGUAUGACGCCACUUCAACAUGCUGCAUACAAAGGAAAUAAGGAAAUGGUGCAAAUGUUAUUAGAUCAGGGGGCCGACGUAAAUUCUGGAAAACAUGAGCAUGGCUACACUGCGUUACACUUUGCGGCGUUGUCAGGGAACGCAGAGUUAUGUCGCUUAUUGCUUAUGGCAGGGGCCAAGAGUCAUGCAACCAAUACAGUUGGAAGAACAGCUUCGCAAAUGGCCGCAUUUGUUGGAAACCAUGCAUGUGUGGCAGUCAUUAAUAAUUUUGUACCUAAAGCUGAUGUUGACUAUUAUACAGUUCCUCAAGGUUUAGAGACUGAGCCUAAACUGACACCUGUGCUUGCUGCACCAUUGCAUAAAUUUGUAAUGCAGGUAAAUGUUCAUCCAGUCAGGGUUGCUCUGAAUCUGCAGAAGGCACCUUUAUUAGCUGAGAAUCUGGAGAAAGUUCAGAAAAUCUUGGAACUCAUGAGUGAAAGAGAAAUGAAAAGAGGAUUUGAAGCAAAUGAGGUUAUGUCAUUCAAAUUCCAUUACUUGUCAUGUGUAGUUGCUGAGAUUGGCCGAUGUAGAAAAAGGCAAUUAGCAGCACAACAGGAGAGAAAGAAAGAUGAAACUAAAGAUAGUGAGAAUAUAGAAGAAAAGCGGUCAGAUCCUGUGGAACUCUUUGCUCGGAAAAUGCUGAAAUGUGGGCGUGGCGACAAUGGGUCUCCAGAGUUUCAGGAAAGUUUUCUGAGAGAAUGUGUUCGUGAAUUCCCAUAUCGUGAAUGUACAGUUUUCCGGCAGAUGGUUACAAGUUUAGCUCAACAGGACUCCCCUUCUGCUCUGAGCAUUAUUUCUGCUGCCAUCAAUGGGCAGAGGGGCUUUUUAGACAGUGGCACCCAUUGCUGCUCAACAUGUGGUGAAGAACGAGCGACAAAGAAGUGCUCUAAAUGUAAAGCAGUUCAGUAUUGUGACAGAGAGUGUCAACGUCUCCAUUGGUUUAUGCAUAAGAAAGCAUGUACAAGGUUAUCUCAAGUUUCCAUAAAGGCUAAACCAUCAGCUAGUCCUCCAACUUCAGAAUUGAGGGGUCUUCAAGUGAAGUAAUGGAAGUUGAAUAGCUUACUGUAAUGGUUUACAAAAUCUCUUUUUUUCUAAUUAUGGGAACCAUUUCAUUUUUUCUGUAUUUCUAUGUAUGUAACAUGUGAUUAACUGUCAUUGUACAUUGGAUAAUGUGGCCAUUGCAAGUAAAGUAUGUUCCUUUCCUUUCCCUCUCUUAAGAGAGAAAGAGAAAAGAAAUUUAUGUUCACAGUGCAGUUCAGUAACUAAUGUGUGAUAAAUUCCAUAGACAACAUGGUCAAAACUGUUGCUAUGUAUCUAUAACUAUUUGUCCUGAUCUUUCUUGUCUGUUGAUUAACACACACAUAAUGAAUUAUGUGGUAUGUGAUGUUACCUAAUGGUUACCUUGGAAUAAUUAUAAAAAGCUUCUAAAGCUUUUUAAUUAGAGACUUGUCUUGAUAAGUUGGAGCAAUGCAGAAAAUUAUGUGAAAUGUUUCAGCAAUAAAGAAUUAAAAAUAAACUCAAUCUCACACAUGAUAAGCAAGAAGGUAAUUGGAUGUACCACUCUAAAAAUAAAGUAGAUUCCUGAUCAAAACGAGCAUUAUUAUAAAACACUUAAGUUCUUAAUAAAACCUGUUUCAGCAUGAGAUUUUUAUAUGCGAUGGAGAAAGUAACAUUACUGUAACAUGGACCUGGUAAAUAAUAAUUCAUUACUAAAAAAGAUAUACAUUAGAAUUCCAAGUGAAACAGCAUUUAAUUUCUAACUGGUAGAUAAUUCUAAUUUGCCAGAUAAUUUUCUGAAAAAGUCUGUGAUGCGAGGAAAGAAGUAUUCACAAAUGCUAUUUUAAACAAUAUGUGAUCAAAGUUAAUAUUUCAUUAGUAUAGUUGCUAUCUACAUCCUCUAAAGAAAUAAAAGUAAUAUCAUAAUGAGUAAAUAACAAGACUCACAGCUGAGCUGUAUUCAAUUUCCAGAGGUUCCUACACUACGGAUUACAAAAGCCAAAGAAAAAUUUGAAAUUGGGCACCAAAGUGUUAGAUAUGGAGUUAGCCACAGAACAGAAAAAAAUCCAGUUGUAGAAUAAGAGGAAGAGAAAGGUCAAAAUACGUGAAUGAAUGCACAGAUAAAGGAGCUACAAAAGUACUGGCUUUGGGCAGUAGCUGCUGUGAAAAAUAGUUGGGUAUGAGCACCAGAGGUAAUGGUGAUGGAAAUAAUUGACAGAAAUGGUCCUUAACAAUUAGACAGUAGGUUUAAUUGUGAGUGUAUACUGUGUGUGAUUUUGUUGAACAUUUCAAGGUUCUUAUUUUUCUGUGACCAGUUUUUCAUUCAUUAAAUUCAUGAUUGAAAUAAAUUCUACUGAAUAUGAA